UGUAAACAACAUUUUUUAAAGACGGCGCAGAAAUACGUCAAUUUUACUGUAAACAUUUACAAGAAUCCGAAACAGCAGGACGAUAAUGGCGAAUAGCGAAGAAGCGAUCGUCGCAAGGUUGACAAACCAAAACAAAUCGCAGAAGAUUGGCUGCAAAAAGUGCGGAUAUCCUGGUCAUUUAACCUUUGAGUGUCGGAACUUUUUACGUGUUGAUGCGAACAAAGACAUAGUGCUUGAUGUCAGCAGUACAAGCUCGGAAGAUGAUGAUGAAGUGAUCACAAAAAGAGCAGAAGAAAAAAGGGCAAAAAAAGAGAAAUUAAAAAGAAAAAAGAAGAAAAAGAGAAGAACAAGUUCAAGUGAUGAUUUAUCAUCUGAAGACAGUUCAACAGAAGAAAGAUUCUCUAAAAAGAAGAAGAGGAGUAAGUAUGAAGAUGACUCCAGCUCUGAAAGUGAUAAGAAACCAGCCAAACAUAAAAAGAAAAAGAAGUCAAAAAAAACUGAUGCAAAGAAAAAGAAGAGAAGGAAUAGAAAAACAAGUUACUCUUCAUAGCACCUGCUUUGGUUCACAAAUGUUUUAGUACUUUUUAUAUUGUACACUGCCGCCGUGGAUCAUAUUUCCAAUUAAUAAAAUGAUCCUUUUAGAUAAAAAACAAA